AUGAAGGGUUAUUUGGCAAUCUUUCUCCUAGUUUUUCUUGGAUCUGCAUAUGACUCACAUACAAGAAUUGAAUGCGCUUCUUGCCAUCUAAUGGUUAAGGCGCUACGUGAAGGUAUUGAUAACAACCUUGUAAUUAGAUCUGGAGAAGAUUUCCUUAUUAAUAUUUGCUCUGUUUUUGAACACCAUGACAUCUGCCAAGGACUUAUCAGAAUUUUUGGUAAAUCAUAUACUGAAGCUGUUACAGGCAAAUAUUUAAACCCUGAGUUUGUGUGCUCCAGCUUUGGUGUCUGCCCAACACCUCAGUAUUUAAUGGAAAAUUUUACUGCUUAUGAGGAAGAAAUUCUUAAAGAUAUGCCAGAAAUCCAACCAUGGCCGGAAACAGGAGACAAAACCUUUAUGGUUUUACAAGUAACUGAUAUCCACGUCGACUUUUUCUAUAUUCCAGGAUCUGACGCAAGCUGCAACUCUCCUUUAUGCUGCCGAAAUGGGACAGGAAAUGCAGGAUACUGGGGGACAUUAGGAAAAUGUGAUGUUCCUUCACAAACUGUAGAAAUAUUUUUAAAACAAGUAAAAGAAAUGGAAAAUAUAAAAUUUGUGGCUUGGACUGGGGAUAACCCCCCUCACGACGUGUGGGCUUAUGAAAGAGAAAAAGAAAUGGAUGUCACUAAAAAGCUGGUAAAAAUGUUUAAGAAAGAAUUAUCCAUGCCUGUGUACCCUAUUAUUGGGAAUCAUGAGUGCUUUCCUAUUGAUUUGUUUAAACCAGAUCAUGAAAAACAGUUAAUCAAAGAGCUAUCGAAAUUGUGGAAAGGGUGGCUUGGAGACGACCAAAUAAAGCAAUUUAGUGCUAAUGGAUUUUAUUCGGCUUUUGAUAAAAAAACGGGUUUCAGAAUUUUAGGGCUUAAUAAUGAGCUUGGGGAUUUACUAAAUACGUGGCUAAUUUUAAACAAUACAGAUUCUGCUGGAAUGUUGGCUUGGCUCCGGAAGGAGCUAUAUUCAGCUGAACAAAAAAAUGAGCCUGUGAUCAUUUUAGGACACAUUCCAAAUGGAGAUUCUUAUAUGGACUCACAUUGGUCAAGACACUACAGAGUCCUUGCAAACCGCUUCCAAAAUACCAUAAGAGGUCAGUUUUUUGGACACACUCAUAAUGAUGAAUUUUUCGUUGUCCAUUCUCUAAUACCUGGUGCAUCUUCGCCAGGGGUUCUAUUUGCUGCACCAUCUUUUGGGACUUAUACAGACCACAACCCCUCAUUUAGACUUUAUGAGUACGAUUGGCAAACUCAUCAUUUAGUAAAUAUUCACCAAUAUAGGCUGCCUUUAUAUAAAUACAGAAGCCCAGAUGAUACAGCACUUUUUGAAGAAGUUUUUAACUUUAAAGACGAGUACAAUAUGGCUGAUCUCUCCCCAAGUUCGUUUGAAAAAAUUGUGGAAAAAAUGAAAACUGAUAAUGUUUUUGCUCAAACUUAUUAUGCCAAUUGGAUGGGACAAUAUUCAUUUGAGUCAAAUAAAUGUGAUGAGAGAUGCCAAAGAUAUAUUUAUUGUAGACUGCAAAGUGAUGUUUUUGAUGAAGUGUUUGAAUGCGAUAGAUUUGGAGCACCUAGUUAUAUAACUUCACACUAUUUUUACUCUAAACUGCAAGGGAGUUGGGAGUAUCUAAUUGAAUAA